AUGAUACUUGCAUUGAAACGCCAUAACAUAGUUAGGCGAACGUUCGCGCAGAUUUCUUAUAAUCCACCUGAUGUAUCUGAAAUAGCGUCGAAGUGGCGCACAUUACAACCCCUGUUGAAGGAGGAAAUCAUCGAAUACCUGAAUUGGAAAAUGGAAGACAACUGGGACAAAAUGUCAAAAAACGAGAUGAAAGCCGUCUAUUACAUAUCCUACGGUGACUGGGGACCGAGAUCUUCGUCGGGAACAGGUCAAUUACCACCUAGCUACCUCAUCUGGAAGAGCCUCUUUAGCGGCAUCCUGUUUACAGCUCUGGGCGUAUCGGUGACAAAUAUGAUCAAGGAUAAAAGGACUAAUGCCAAACUUCAAGAACUCGGAGAGCUCAGGAAGCCCGAUUAA